AUGUCCAUCUUCCCUUACAUUUACUACAUGAUUGAAGACUUUAAAAUCACCGAAGAUCCGAACAAAAUCGCUGUCUACGCUGGCAUGGUAACUUCCGCAUUCACUCUGGCCGAAUUCGCAACUGGUGUCAUGUGGGGAAAGUUGAGCGACAAGAUUGGACGAAAGCCUGUUCUUCUCAGUGGCCUUAUUGGUACUGCUAUUAGUGUACUCAUCUUUGGAUUCGCUCCCAGCCUGCCCGUCGCUCUCUUUGCGAGAGCAAUGGGUGGCCUUCUCAACGGAAAUAUCGGCGUGUUGCAGACCACUGUGGCUGAGCUCGUGACUGUUAAAGAGCAUCAACCUCGCGCUUAUACUAUCAUGCCUAUGGUUUGGUGUAUUGGCUCUAUCAUAGGCCCCAUGAUUGGUGGUGCUCUGGCUCGACCCUGCAUCAGCUAUCCCGACUACUUUCCCCGCGGCUCAAUCUGGGACCACUAUCCAUACCUCUUGCCUAACCUCUUCAGCGCGGCGACUGUUCUUUUUGGUGUUGUUGUGGGCAUUCUAUUUUUGGACGAGACUCAUCUUGCCAAGAAGGGCGAGAAGGAUCGCGGUCGUGAACUCGGUGAUCGGAUUGCUUCACUGUUUGGUAUGUUCACUUACGGCCGAGCCGAUAAGCAUGAAAAGCAAAGCCUUCUAGGCAACAGCAAGAUUGCUGGAUACGAUACCAUUUCUGGCUCUGAUGCGACCAAGAUUUCUCGUGGCAGAGAACGACUACCAGAUUACCGGAGCCGAGAGACGUCGCCCCGGGUUCCUUCUCAGGAGAAUGUAGAGCGUCAGGCUCUCUCCACCACCGAAUCACCCGAGAUGCAGCCUGAUCAGCCCACUAAUGUUUUCACUAAGCCGGUCGUGAUGAACAUCAUUUCAUACGGCAUUCUUGCAUUCCACACCAUCACUUACGAUCAGCUCUUCCCGGUUUUUCUGAGCACGGCUCCUCCUAAGGAGCCAAUCCUCGAGCUCCCAUUCAAGUUUGUAAACGGCUUCGGUCUUGACACCAAGGCCAUUGGCGUUAUCAUCUCCGUCCAGGGCUUUUAUUCACUUCUGUCUAAUUAUCUGAUUGUGACGCCCAUCACCCGUCGACUCGGACCUCUUCGCCUCUUCCGCCUCAUUGCUUUCUCCUACUUUGCGCUCUACCUCGUCACUCCUUAUGUGGUACUCCUCCCGGAGAGCCUGAGAAUGCCCGCCAUUUAUUUCUUGGUCAUCUGGAAAUGCACAUUUUCAACAAUGGCGUACCCCAGCAACGCAAUUCUCCUGGCCAACUCAGCCCCAUCCAAGCAAGUUCUCGGCACGAUCAAUGGCGUCGCAGCGUCCACAGCAAGCUUGUGCAGAGCUCUUGGCCCUACUCUUUCCGGCUUUCUUUACGCCAUGGGCCUGCAAUCUGGUUAUUCUGGCCUCGCUUGGUGGUUCAGCGGCCUGGUCACCAUUGCUGGCGCCUAUCUCAGCUCUCAAAUCACCGAGAGCCCCCAAGCCCCUCUUAUGCACGAUUACGACGAUGAUGCAAGCGUUUAG